UCAUUUCGGUCUGCUGAUAACAGGCAGCAGAUAACAGCCUGCCGUCGCAGUUGGACUCAAAGACCUCGGAUGCUUUUUUUUCUAUAAACAGCCACUGGUCUGCUCUCAGGAAGUACUGUAUGAAUAUUAAUAUGGAUGCAAAUACACAGUGAGGAUGCCCAGCGCUUGAACCAGCACAGCGCGCUGAUCAUCUGCGCAUUUUUGUUUUGACGGAUUUUUUUUUCUGUUCAUGCCUGAAACUGAGAGCAUGUUUCUGUUGCGGAGGUCGCGCUGGAGGCUUUUUUGACGCGCACAAUAAGGAUGGCGUUUUACCUGACUGUUUGCAGAGGAACAUUUUGUAACGUCGCAUUGAAUUGCAUCAUGGUUUUCAAUCAGAUCUCACACCGGCCAGGCUACACCGAGCCUCGGUAGUACAGUGCGCUGUUUAUCAUAAAAAUGGAAGACCUUUCACGUCAAGAAAAGGCGUCAGUCCGGUGAUAUGCGUCUGAAUAACUGAUUUUUCAUCUCCACGUCAAUUGACACAUCUGGGGAAGGAUUUUUUUCCUCCCCUCCCGUCUACCAAGACAGCUGUGUCAUCAACAACCGGCGUGGUGUUGUUGUUGUCUGAUUUUUACGAGCCUGGGCAACUGGAUAUCGGCAUAGUCUGCCUCUGCGCCAGCCAUAGGCUACCCAGUUACUAAGCCAGGUGAGGAUGUGUUGGCGCGUCUUUGAGGUGCGGGAGAGGCAGGCGUCUGGAUGAGGGGAGCCUGGAUCAUCACAUGUGGGUUUUAAAGGAAAAAAGCAUCAGAUGGUGUCCGAUAAACUGCCGCAGGAUCCCACCUUACAUCCUGAACGAGAAAGGGGUCGAGGGGUUGUGAAUUGAACGUGAAAUUAAGGUGAGUUGGAGGAGGCUGCCUGUGACAUACGUCCGCUUCUCCCGAGUCGUCUUCUAUACCAUGAGCUCUGGCUCUGCCCAGGAUGUGGCAGUCGAGCAUUUCCUGCGUGACAUAGAGAGGCGAAGCAAGCGGCUGCACUGCGCUGUGAUAGGCUGCGAGGAGGAGCGACCCCGCAGCGACAUGAACCUGCUGUAUCGUAAGAGCCGUUUGGACUGGAGGCAGAGGGACCAAGAGGGAAGUAAAAAGAGCUCCAACCAAAACGACCCCUCAGCCACUGUUGGCAAAGUCAGAGACUUGGCUUCUUUUCGCCGGCACUUCCGGAUGGGUUUUAUGACCAUGCCGGCCUCCCAGGACCUGUCCCCUCACUCUUGUGCCUCCGCCAUGGCGCCGCGCUCACAGUCCUGCCAUGCUGUAGGUGCUGGGGAUACGAGUCUGGAGAAUGGAGAUUACUCUGACACCCAAUCCCAACAUGGUGGCCGCUGCCCGCCAGCCAAACCCAAACGUCACCCCAGCACUCGCCUGAGCUCCUCAUCCACUGAUGGCAGAGGAUCUGUUGAUACGCCGCCCCCUACUUCGUCCUCUCACUCACAGUCCAAACACUCAGAGAAGAAAAAUGCCAUGAAGAAGUCUGACUCUGGAGAGAUUGGAGGAAAGAAGGUGCCUCCUUUGAAGCCCAAGAGAAGUCCCAGUACCCAGCUUUCCUUUGACCCUCUUCCUCCACGUGUGCCUGCUUCUGCCACAUCCUUGCCUUUCCAGGCAGCAGACUCUCAGAUUCAGACAGGAGAUGGGGAGGAUGAACCAGUCUAUAUAGAGAUGGUGGGCCAAGUGUUUACCAGAGACAGCCAGACAGCCACCCCCCACCCUGUCACCCCUGUGGCUACCACGCCUGACUCUGACUCAGACCAGAGUGAGGCCAUCUAUGAGGAGAUGAAAUACCCGCUGCAAGAGGACAGAGAGUCCCAGAAACACCUCCCAGCAAAACAUGAGAAACUGAAAACCUCGAAACACUUCCAUGUCACCCCUUCAUCCUCCAGCAGCUCCUCCUCCCUGCCACGCCCCUCCUCUUCCUCUCCCUCCUAUUCCAAACCCAAAGCUACCGUGUCAAUCUCCCAUUCAUCUCCUCUGCCUUCCUCUGCGUCCUCCACCCCUAUCCCCCAGGUCCUCUCCACCAGUCCACACACUCCACGAGCUCCUACUCCCUAUCUGCUGCAAGGGAGUAAAUCAGAGCCCGAGUCCAACACCAAGAUCCCAGCCCCUUUCCCCAAUCUCCUACAGCACCGACCCCCACUGCUUGCCUUCCCUCAGCCAGCAGCAGCCUCCAGCGGGGUCGGGGUGCAAAACAAGUCUGCUACUGCUAAAAUGGGAACUCAAACAUCCAGCGUGACAACUCAAGCCAGCACCUCCUCCUCAACUUCUUCUAAUGUUCCCUCAUCGCUGUCAGGCUCAAAGGAAUCAUCAGGAGGAAGUGCAUCCCAGCAGGACAAACACAGCAGAGAGGCCCAGUUAGGCCCUGCACCUGGACUGAGAGCCAGGAGCCACUCCACACCUCUGCCUCCCUCCUCCAAAUCCACCUCCCCUUUCUCUCAUCACCACCACCACCCUCACCAUCGCCCCUCGCACUACCAUCAUUAUCGCAAGCCAGAGAGAGGAGAUUCCCCCGCCCCAGGCAAGAGCGGUUCUCAGACUUCAAACCAGGCCACAGUGCAGACCCAAACCUCAAGUACAGGCAAGGAGGGCAAGUCUGUUAGCUUCCUCUUGAAGUCUGAUAAAGAGCGGGAUAAGGAUAGGGACAGGGACAGAGACAGAGACAAGGACAGGGACAGGGACCGAGACAAGGAUAGGGAAAGGGACCGAGAUAGAGAUAGAGAUAGAGAAAGGGAUAGGGAUAGGGGUAGAGACAAGGAAAAAGACAAGGACAGAGACAGAGACAGAGAUAGAGACAGGGACAGAGAAAGAGAUAAGGACAGAGACCGAGAUAGAGACAGGGACAGGGACAGGGAAAGAGACAGGGAUUGGGAUAGGGAUGGAGGGCCCUACUCCUUACAGGAUCACAUUUCCUCCACGUCUCAAAGCAGCACCAGCUCAACCCCUACGCCAUUGUCCUCAUCCCAGCGUCCUCAUUCUCGCCCCCAUCUUCGCUCUCACACUCCUCACGGCCUGCCAGCGUACAAGCCUCCCUCUUCGGACAGUCCCCUGCUGUGGACCUACCCUUCUGGUGGCUUCCGGAGACCGCCAGCUUACGAAAGCCUGAGAGGAAGCUCUCAGACGCCGUCUCUGCAACAGCCAUCAAGUCUCACUGGUGUGGGUGAGGGGGCAUUCAAGAGUAAUGGAGGGUCUUCAUCGCUCCAUUCGAAAGCUGGCUUCAUGCCCUGGGACAGCAGUGCCAGCUUAGCUGCAGAUGAUGGAUCUUACUGGCCUAUGCAGAGGAAAUUGUCCUUCAGCCAUGGGAGCAGAGAGACAGAGAAAGACGAAGGGCGUGCGUGGAAUGGCAGUGCUGAUGCCCUAUUAAGGAUGGAUAAGGACGACCUCUGCAUGGGGUCUCGAGGUGGCCACUCAGGCAUCCCAGUACACUUCAGUGGUGCCACCAGCAGGGCGCUUGGUCACAGUGAGUCCUUGGCUGGUGUGGAUAGCAGCCCAGGUUUCAGAGCCCUGCCCAGAGUUGGUCUGCCUCUUCCCUGCCAGACAUUCCCUGCCUGUCGCAAUGGAGAAGUGGGGCGGCUGGGCCGCUCCUCCUCUGCUGCUGGAGUGAGACAGGUGGGUGGAGGAGACGUCCAGAGACAGAGCAGCCUACCAGCACGAGAAGCCCUGAAUCAGCUGCAUGGUCUGGCCCAGCCUCAAGUGCCCUGCAGUCCCAGCAGUCCCAGUGUGUCUCGACAGCAACAGCAGCUUCAGCUUCACCAGCAGCAGCUGCAGUUAAAGCAGCAGCUUCAGCAGCUUCAGCAACAGCACCAUCUGCAGUUGCAGUUCCAGCACCUCGCCCAGCUGGCACAGGGACAGCCUCCUGUCAGCGGGGGCACCACCCCGUCCGCAACGCAGAGCCAGAGAGACGGCAAGCUGCUGGAAGUCAUCGAGCGUAAACGCUGCCUGUGCAAAGAGAUCAAGGCCCACAGGCGCCCUGACAAAAGCCUGUGCAAGCAGGACAGCAUGCCCAUCCUCCCUAGCUGGAGACGGACACCUGAGCCUCGUAAGACUGGCACGCCACCCUGCCAGAGGCCGCAGGCCGUCGUGUGGGACACGGCUAUCUGAGGUGGAAAGACAGGCCAGCAAGUACAGCACUGAAGAGAGACUAACACACAGAGGAGUUGAAGAUGGCUGAGGAGGAGAGUAAAAUGGGUUCAGUAACUGGAACGCAUAAUUACCACAGAGGAACGAAAGAGUUUUGUGUGAUAAACUGAUCUGAGAACAGUGAUGAAGGUUAUUGGAGACUUUGAACUCAUUUGGGAAAACAAAACAAAAAAAGGCCAAUAAAAGAGGUGAAGAAAGGAAGUAUUACAAUCAGACUAAAUUAAUCUCUUACCGGGGUGAUUUGUACUUGCUCUGUACUAUGUCCUUCUCGAUGUGUUCUAAUUGCCAAUGAUUUUUUGCCACAAAACGCCAGUAUUAUUGCCACAAAAUGAAGACCCCAACUUAAUAAUGGGUGGGAUGUUUUCUUAGAUUGGUGUUGCCAAAUUUCCUCCUGACUACUUGAGACAUAAAGGAAUCAUAUAUUUUCUCCAACACGCAUAGAAACUACUCUGUGGAUGAGAAAAGGCCAGACUCAUUGAUAAGUUUUUGAAGUGUUUCUUGAAAAUAGUAAAUGCAUAUGAGAUGUCUUGGUAUCAAUAGAUUGUCAUUGUGGAUGCAAAUAAUCAUCACUGAGGAGUGAAAGCUACCUACUGUAUCUGUUUGCAUAUUUGUAAUGUAAAUCUAUUUACUUUCUCAACGUUUCUGCAAUUUUAUAGCAAUAUGCUCCCAACGCCGGAGCAACAUAAUUAAAAACUUGUGUCAACUAGCCUAACAUACAUAUCUAAGACUUGAAUAAGUCAUAUUUACUGUGUCAUUCUCUGCAUGUCACAAUAGACAUACAGUAUUGUAAAAGAAUAUGUGUAGAGAUGAUCAUGUCCGACUUUUACAUACAGCAGAUCUUCACUAUGAUAACAUGUGGUUGUAUAAAAAGAUGAAUAUAUCGCUUGGGGUACAGUUCGAAAAAGGUGGUGCGACAGAUGGCACAUACUGUGCAGUCCAGCCAAAUAUAGAUACAGAUCAAUGGUACAAAAACUUCAUCACUCAUGCUUAUCCACAGAUGCACAUUAGUGAUUGUUCCACCACACAGAAAAACAAGCACUGACACCCAUCAACACAGACUGUACAAUAUGGUGCAACUGAUAAGACUGUGAGUAUUGAUCACCUCAAACAGAAUGCUGGAACAAUCUGCACAAAACAUGGUAUACGCUCAUGAGAAAUUAAACCCUAAUGUCUUGUAAAUAGAUAUGUACAACUGUAUUGAAAAUGUAGCAAUUAUUUCCAUUUUCAUACUUGUAAUCAAUACAUAUUAUGUAGCAUAUACUGUAUAAACAUAACUUGGUUCACUUGUUUUUUCUAAAAGAAUUAAGUACUUUAUCUGCUGCAGCCAGUCCAUGCAUUACUUAUAGUUCUACUAAUAAACAGUAAGCCCUCUAAAGAAAGGCACAGUCCAACAGUUGUUUAUUUAAAUUUAUGCAAGACUCCCUUUAAGCUGUGUUAUUGUUUUAUUUAUACCCUUUUUUCUACAUUCAUUUUUAUUUGUGUACAGAUUUCAACGGCUCGUUGUCUUGACAUUUUGAAUACUUUGCUGCUAUCUUGAACUACUGGUGUUGUUCAUUCAACUACAUGGUGUGACCAUGAGAAACAUUAUUAAUAUAGUGGUUAUUGUUACAUAUUUGUUUUAUUUCUGAAAGCCACGUGAAAUGAAGUUUGUACCUUGAAGAGUGAGCCCUUCUGUAAUAGUAUUAAGGCACUUGAAUGUCUCUUGGUUGUUGUCGUUUUUAUGAUAGUUAGCACCAAGCUGUACAGUACAGUACACCCAGUGAAAAGAAGACCUAUCUAAAUGUUUGAGAGUCACUGCUUGGCCUUUUUGUUUUUAGUUCCCACCUGCUCGUGUUUGAGGGUCCAGGUUUUUUCAAGCUUACUGAGUCCAUUUUCAAACAAACACAGGUCAGGUUGAGGGAAAUGGGCAAGUGCAAUGCAUGCAGAGAUUCCUUACACUGAAAAUGUCCCCAAUGAUACUGACUAUUGUGCCCACUUUAAGUCCAGAUACCGAGUAAAUCACCUAACUAUGAUUCCUUCUCACAGACUGAUAUGGAACCCUAGGUAUCAUUUCCAAAAAUAGUUUACAGAAGCUGUUGGUUUUUGUGUGUCUUCUAAAACAGUGGCCAUUAUAUGAGUGCCAUACUAUAUUGAUAUGGUAAGAUACGGUGUACCUUGGAAAUCACUGUAGUGCUAUAUUUGCAUUGAUAUUGUCAUUAAAAAUAAAUUUUAUAUAA